AGUUGUGCACACACACGCACACUCCCACACACAGACACACACACACGGCUCACAAAACAUGACAAGCCCUGCUGGAUCCAAUGAUCUAAUAUUCUUUGUUAAUGGGAGGAAGAUUCUUGAGAAAAAUGCUGACCCGGAGGCCUUGCUUUUGCCGUACCUGCGCAAAAGGCUUCUCCUUACUGGAACUAAGUACGGAUGUGGAGGUGGAGGGUGCGGAGCCUGCACUGUGAUGGUGUCAGUCAUUCAUCCAGUUACCAAGAAGAUUAUCCAUUACUCAGCAAACGCCUGCCUGCUGCCGGUAUGUUGUCUACACGGGGCUGCUAUCACCACGGUGGAGGGAAUUGGGAGCACAACCACAAGAGUGCACCCAGUGCAGGAAAGGAUCGCAAAAGCUCACGGGUCUCAGUGCGGGUUCUGUACACCUGGAAUGGUGAUGUCCAUGUACUCACUGCUGAGGAACCAUCCGGAACCCACCAUGCAGCAGAUACACGACGCAUUGGGAGGUAACCUGUGCCGUUGCACUGGAUACAGACCGAUCAUCGAUGGAUGCAGAACCUUCUGUAAUAAAACAGAUUGCUGCCAGCUGAAGGCAAAUGGAACUUGCUCUGAGAAUGGAGACACAAGCCUGAGGAAUGGUGUAAAUGGGCUGGACGAAACGCACAACUCUACUUCAGCAGAUAUUUGUACAGGAUUGUUCCAGGAAGACAGUUUCGUGCCUCUAGACCCAACACAAGAGCUGAUUUUCCCACCACAACUCAUAUUGCUGAAUAACGAAAGCCAGAGGACUCUGACGUUUCGAGGGGAGCGCAUGACGUGGAUCUCGCCCGCCAAUCUCCAAGAACUGCUGCAACUGAAAGUACAAUAUCCAAAGGCUCCACUUGUCGUGGGAAACACUAUAGUAGGUCCAGAAAUGAAAUUCCGAGGAGUUUUUCAUCCAGUCAUUAUCUUCCCUGUAAGAGUUGUGGACCUCAAUCUUGUGACUGAGAAUGAUUCAGGAAUAACAUUGGGAGCCGCCUGCAGCCUGACAGUACUGAAAGACACAUUGAGUGAAGCUGUCUCUCGUCUGCCGGAGGAGAAGACUAAACUGUUCUGUGCCCUCUUGCAGCAGCUCUCCACCCUGGCAGGGGCACAGAUCCGGAACACGGCUUCUGUAGGUGGAAACAUCAUAAGCCGGUCUACAACAUCCGACCUGAACCCUGUCCUGGCUGCAGGAGGAUGUCUGCUCAAUUUAGCUUCAGCAGAUGGUGUUCGGCAAGUUCCUUUGGAUGAGACUUUCUUUGCCGCGUCUGGAAGCUCUUUCCCCAGAGCUGAAGAAAUCUUGGUAUCUGUGCAUAUACCAUAUUCCAGGAAAGGAGAUCAUGUGUCGGCUUUGCGACUAGCUCAGCGUCGAGAGAAUGCUUUGCCCAUUGUCACUGCUGGAAUGAAAGUCCAGUUUGAAGAUUCUACAGAUAUUAUUAAAGCCAUUAGUAUAUACUAUGGGGGAGUUGGAGCAAGCACUGUUUCUGCAAAGGCCACCAGUCAAGCACUGGUUGGAAGGCACUGGGAAGAGGACAUGCUAAGUGAAGCCUGCCGGCUGAUUCUGGACGAGGUGUCGCUCCCCCCUUCUGCUCCUGGCGGGAUGGUGGAAUAUAAGAGAACAUUGACGAUCAGCUUCCUAUUUAAAUUCUAUCUGGAAGUGCUGCAGGCGCUGAACAAGAUGGGUCCCAGUAAUCCAGAUAUCAGUGCUUUGCAGCAAUUCCAGUCCUCACCUCAUGAACACAACCAGACAUACCAGAAUGUGCCUGAAGACCAGCCCACAAUCGAUCCAGUUGGGCGACCUAUUAUGCAUAAGUCUGGCGUCAAACACGCCACCGGGGAAGCGGUGUACACGGAUGACAUGCCAUGUGAGGACGGAGAACUCUUUCUGAGAUUUGUCACCAGCUCCAGAGCUCAUGCUAAGAUUGUAUCUCUGGACUUUUCGGAAGCUCUGGCCCAGCCUGGAGUAUAUGAUGUAAUAACAGCUGAUGACAUUCCCGGCAAGAGUGACAGUACACUGGAUGAAGCACCGCCAAUGUUGGCCCAUGGAAAGGUGUUCUGUGUGGGGCAGCUCAUCUGUGCAGUGCUGGCUGACACACCCGCUCGGGCAAAGACAGCUGCUGCCAAAGUGAAAAUCGUCUAUGAGAAUGUGGAACCUGUUAUUCUCACAAUGGAGGAAGCUAUUAAUAACAACUCAUUCUAUCAACCAAUAAGGCAGCUGGAGGUGGGGAGUGUGGAAGAAGCUUUUCAGACGGCCGACCAGGUUCAUGAAGGUGAAAUCUACAUAGGCGGCCAGGAACAUUUCUACAUGGAAACCCAUAGUAUCCGGGCUGUGCCUAAGGGAGAGGAUGGGGAAAUGGAUAUGUACCUGGCUACGCAGGAUCCAACACACGCCCAGGACCUUGUGUGUACCGUGCUGAAUGUUCCCUCCAACCGGGUUGCAUGUCACGUGAAGAGAAUUGGAGGGGCUUUUGGAGGAAAAGCAACAAAAGUCGGUUAUCUCGCAGCAAUCACGGCAGUGGCUGCAAAAAAGACAAAGCGGGCGGUUCGCUGCGUUCUGGAGCGCGGUGAUGACAUGUUAGUCACAGGAGGACGUCAUCCAUACCUCGGUAAAUAUAAAGUGGGCUUUAUGAAUGAUGGUCGUGUUACUGCCUUGGAUGUGUCUUACUACAAUAACGCCGGAUCUACUUCUGAUGACUCGGUCCUUGUGGUAGAGAUUGGCUUAAUUAAUAUGGACAAUGCCUACAAAAUACCUAACCUGAGAGUCAAAGGAACUGCCUGCAAGACCAACCUACCAUCAAACACCGCCUUCCGAGGCUUCGGGUACCCACAGUCUGGAUUUGUGACUGAAACAUGGAUGAGUGAAGUCGCUGUUAAGACCGGGCUGCCACCUGAGAAGGUGAGGGAGAUAAACCUGCACCGGGGAAUCGGCCAGACACACUUGAAACAGGAGAUAGACGCCAGAACCCUGAUCAUGUGCUGGAAUGAAUGCAUGGAGAAGGCCUCUUACAACAACAGGCGGUUGGCCAUUGAGGAAUUCAAUAAACAGAGUUACUGGAAGAAGAAGGGACUGGCCAUCAUCCCCAUGAAAUUCCCCAUUGGCUCUAUAGUGAAAUUCUUUGGCCAGGCGGCGGCUCUCGUUCACGUCUACUUGGAUGGCUCCGUGUUGGUCAGUCACGGUGGAGUGGAGAUGGGACAAGGUGUUCACACUAAGAUUAUGCAGAUUGCAAGCCGAGAAUUGGAGAUCCCCAUUUCAGAUGUACAUGUUUGUGAGACCAACACAAGUGCUGUCCCCAACACCAUGCCUUCUGGGGGCUCCUUAGGGACCGAUGUCAAUGGAAUGGCAGUAAAGAUUGCCUGUCAAACUCUCAUCAAGCGCCUGGAACCUAUUAAAGAGGCGAAUCCUAAAGGCUCAUGGAAAGACUGGGUACGGGAUGCGUUUCUGCAGUCCAUUAGCCUUUCCGCCACUGGGUAUUUCAGGGGAUUUGGCCGAGAAAUGAACUGGGAAAAAGGAGAGGGUGACCCAGCUCACUACUUUGUGUUUGGAGUUGCGUGUUCUGAGGUUGAAAUAGACUGUCUGACCGGAGACCACAAGAACCUCCGGACAGACAUCGUCAUGGACAUCGGCUGCAGUAUCAAUCCGGCCGUGGACAUAGGACAGAUUGAAGGAGCUUUUGUGCAAGGCCUUGGAUUAUUCACCAUUGAGGAGCUGAAGUUCUCUCCGCAGGGAGUCCUGUACACCCGCGGCCCGGCUCAGUAUAAGAUCCCUGCUGUCUGCGAUGUCCCUGAGCAGUUCUAUGUGUCUCUGCUCACCAACGUACCCAACCCACAUGCCAUAUAUUCUUCCAAGGGUGUUGGGGAACCGUCUUUGUUCCUGGGCUGCUCCGUCUAUUUUGCCAUAAAAGAUGCUCUGACCUAUGCCCGGAAAGAAAGAGGGAUGUCCGAUCUUUUUACUCUGAACAGCCCAGCGACCCCAGAGAAGAUCAGGAUGGCUUGUGGAGACCGCUUCACCGACAUGAUUCCCAGAGAUGCACCCGGAACAUAUGUCCCUUGGGCCAUCAACAUAUGAAGAAAUACUCCUGGAUGCACGGGCGCCCAAGAUCCCACUGGAGAAUAUGCGUUGAUGUUCUCCUGUCCUUAUGUAGGAAGAGCACAGUAAAAUGAACUGAUGGCAUUUUAAUAAUAUUAAUAAUAAUAAUAAUCUGAGAAGGCUAAUUACUAUUCCGUAUAAAUCUGAUGUUUUAUGAGCACUUUUUCUUCUGGCUUCAGGUUUAUAGAGAUUGAGCGAUUUCCCCUCUAAGACCUCAUGACGUUAACAACCCAUUAGCAGAUUAUGCUAAGAGGGGCUGGGUGGGAACAAAGCCUUCCCUAUAUCUGGAUUUGUAGGAAGGUUACAAAGCUGUCACCACUGACGCAUAUUGCACACAUCAAAGGGUUUACAGACGCUCGCAGGGGGCCUGAAGUUGAGUUGAAUGUGAGUCGGCUAUAGUCUGCUCCUAGAUUGCGUGCACAAAAAAAAAUGAGCAUAUUUGCCCCUAUACAGAGUUGUACGUGUCUCCGGGGUGCACCCGUCCUGUCUUCAUCAAUUAUAUGCUUGGGAACAUUCAGUAUAUCCAACUUCGCAAAGCCCUAAUUCCGUCAACACGCAUGAGAAUGACCCUUUUACAACCUCAUUACGCCGAUUCAGUUGGUAAGCUUGCUUUACAUACAACUCUACAUCACCCUGUACUUGCGUACUAUCGGUUCCAGGGCACGCACGGGGCGCAAACAUGCAAAACACACUUUGCCCAUCCCGGCAUCAUGCCUUAAGUAAAAGACAGGAGUCUUCAGCCGCCGAUUUCGAUGUCUUCAUGCUUCUGUUCUUCUGGCUCUGCGAGGGGGACGGCGGCGCGGCUCCGGGAAUGGACGAUCAAGGUUAGGUACCUGUGUUCGAUCCCUCUGGAGCUAAUGGUGUCCAGUAGCCUAAGAAGCGAUACCUAGCUGCCGUGAGUAGGUUUGCUUCUCUCCCCUCAGUCCCUCGUAGCAGAGAGUCUGUUGCCAGCAGAAGCUCUCUGAAAAUAAAAAACCUAACAAAAUACUUUCUUUUCUAGCAAGCUCAGGAGAGCCCACUAGGAGCACCCAGCUCGGCCGGGCACAGAUUCUAACUGAGGUCUGGAGGAGGGGCAUAGAGGGAGGAGCCAGUGCACACCAGAUAGUACUAAAUCUUUCUUUAGAGUGCCCAGUCUCCUGCGGAGCCCGCUAUUCCCCAUGGUCCUUACGGAGUCCCCAGCAUCCACUAGGACGUUAGAGAAAUAUAGCAUUUCACCCAAGCAGGUUUGUUUUGCCUUUUAAGUGAUUGCCCCUUUAAAACAACGGGCAGAAUCGCCGGGAACUUGCAGAUGCAUGCAUAGUGCAGUCUAUAACGUUCUCCCGCGUAAGCCUACCUAUGUCUCGCUGCACAGCCUGUACAUGUUCUAGUAGAAGACUUUCUGAAAAUCUGGAUAAACAUUAUUCAUUCUCUUGGUGCAUGUAAAGGUUUCUACUAUAUUGAACAUAUUAAUAUUUUAUAACAGACAUGGUGCUCCAGCCAAUCAGCUCCUGUCAUUGUUCAAACACAUGACAGUUAGGAGUGGAUUGGCUGGAGCAUUAUUCAACAUAUGUAGCAAGUGAUAACAAGAAUAUCUGCAAUUAAAGUGUUGCUCCAUUCGGCCGCGCACAUCCACGUGCGCUGACAUUACUGUGAUGUCGUUCCGUCAUUUUGAAGGGCUGGUAACUAGUUUAGAUUAUUCCUCAAUGGAGAGAUCGAAAAUCUGCCAUCUAAAAAAAAAAGACGGUAAAACUUUAUGGCGAAUUAUGUUUUAGAAAUGAGCGUGAAGGCGAUUUUACCUUAGCCUGGGUUAUAUGUACAGCUAGACACAGUAGUCUUGUGUCUAUACACAGCUCAAGGCUGGGAUCCUAAUUAUUCAAAUUAUAACCAGUUCCUCACAUUAAAAAAUCAGUUUUUCAACCACACCUCUGUAAGAUGAUCGGGCAGGGUGAUCGUCACUUUCUUUUCCAUGUCACUCUGUACAGUAAUGCACAGCGCUGCAUAAUUCUAUAUAUCAGGAUAUAAUAAUACAUAUUUCUUGCACAGUUCCUGCAUGGCUAGGCUGGUAACCAUGCUAUGGUAGGGCUGGCAAUCGACCACCAUUGGCUAGCAAAUACCGAUGGUUUGCUGUCGAUGUGUGCAGUCCGAUGUUUCUCCGGCUUCAGUGGCAGGGAUCUGAUAUCUGAUAUUUUUUUAUCGAACGUGCUAAUCCCUCCCCCUAUUGAACAUUUCAAAGCCCCAGCCUCAUCCGAUUGGCUCCCCGCUUCACGUGAAGCUGCUAGGAUGCUCAUUGUGCAAAUUAUCAAUGAUGCCAUCGAUAGAGACAAUCAAUGGUUAACCAUUCGAUGGACAACCCUAGCCUGCGGGUACAAAGUGUAUAAUGUAAGUGUUGUAUAUGCACUUUCUAGUGCAGUAGUCAUUCAGUGGGAGUUGGAUUAUAAGACUCAGCAUCAGGUUGUUUAGUUUAAAGACAGGACACAAAUGCACAGAUACAAAAGGUGAACAUCCUAAUGUAAGAAAAGGGAGAUCUCUUGUAUCAUUCGAAGGCUGCCCUCCCAUAGACUUAUACACGCUGCCUGAAUAUGGGCCUGAUGCACAGUUUUAGGAACACAUUUUAAAAAUAGAAGCAAACACAGAGUAAUUUGCUCCUGGAACAAACCCUACUGCAAUACAAAGGGUGCAGAUAUGCAAAUGCAUGUAUUAUGUUUGCAUGCAGGGAAAAUACUGGCUGUUUCUGCAUGUAGCGAGUAAAUACUGGCCAGCUUUGUUUUUACACUGAAAUAUAAAAUUGAGCUGAGUCACCCCCCCACCCCCACCCCCACCCCUCCCAACUGUAACUCUUUGCACAUAUUACAUCUGCCCCACCUGCAGUGCAGCUUGGUGUUACCAAGGUGGAAAUUGCUCCAUUCUUCUUCAGGGUCCAUAGGGAUCCACAGGGAUACCAUGGGGUGUCGGUGGCUGGAGCGGGCCGGCCCCAAACUUGGGUUUUAACUUACAUAUAGGGUUUGUUUUUUUUUAAAUUGUAUUUCUAAGCUUUUGCUUAUUACCUUUUUAAAGCACUUAUGACUAUAAUUAACUCCGGUUUUCAAAAAUAGACACGGCUCUUAAUUCCGAUUUGUAUUCUUGUCUAGUGCCUUCACGUGACAUUUAUGGUAAUAUUCAAGUGCAUUGUGUGAAAAAUAAUCCCGUCAUAAAUAAUAACUGAUAACCAUCUCUUAUCAUAUGUAACCUGUAAUUACUCCCCUGCAAAAAUAGAUUGGGGAAUAUGUAUCUAAUUAAUCAUUCAGGUCCUUGGCAAAAUAACAGUCUUGAUGACAAUUUUCUUCCAUUGAUUUCUAUUGUUGCAGCAUGUUCAUUUGUAUGCAAAUGCUGGUUGGUACAUUAAUAUUAAAAUGGGUUUGGUUCUUA